CAAACAAACAAAAGAAAGAAAGCGGUCGAACAAUCGAGUCAAUAAAGAAACACGAAGGCAAAAAGGAAAUCGGGUCCGAUGGCUGCUGAUCUUUCGUCGAUCGAUUCGCAAGCGGUGGUGGUAUCCGGGGUUCGACUAGGCCGAAGAAGAGAAGGAUCGAAGCGGAGGGUGUUCUGAGGUGCGAAGGGGGUUGAGAAAUUGCGAUGAGGGGCGAGCAGAACAAGAGGCGGUCGCCUCUUGUCGUUCAUCGGGAAGAGGAACCGCCACCGGUGCUUUUUACUUUUCCGGAGAGGAGGGUGAAGCGAGGGCAGCAAGGGCUGCUUGAGCAGCUCUUGGCUCUUCUGUCUCGGAAGGAGGAUUUGAAGGAAGGGGCUCGGUGUGGCUGGAGGUCUCGAAGGGAAAAGGAAACAGAAGCAGUGAUCUCGGUGGGUACAGCGAGGGCUGCUCAAGCAGCUCCUCGGUUGCCUUCAUCUCGAUGGAAACCAAACAAGAAGAUGGACUGCUGUGUGAUUGAACCCCAUGGCUUAAAUCUAAGGAAAUGAAGAAGAGAAUGGAUGUGAGGGGUUGUUCCUGACAGCUUCAACCGAAAAGAAGAAGAACACGUUGUGUGUAUGGUUAUCUUUGUGUAUGGAUGAGUAUAAAAAGAUGUUUACUUUGUGUGUAAAAUUGUAUAAGCUCUUUGUGGCUUUGGUUUUGGUUUUGUUUUUGUAUACAAUAUGAUCUAUGAAAUAUUAGGGAAGUACAAUGCAAGAUUUACUCAA